AGCGGAGCGGCGGCGGCGGCGCGGAGUAGGGCGCGGGGCGGCGUAGGGCGCGGGGCGGCAUGGCCACCACCGCGCAGUACCUGCCGCGGGGCCCCGGCGGCGGAGCCGGGGGCACGGGACCGCUUAUGCACCCGGACGCCGCCGCGGCAGCGGCAGCGGCGGCAGCCGCCGAACGGUUGCACGCGGGGGCCGCGUACCGCGAAGUGCAGAAGCUGAUGCACCACGAGUGGCUGGGCGCGGGCGCGGGCCACCCCGUGGGCCUAGCGCACCCCCAGUGGCUACCCACGGGAGGAGGCGGAGGCGGCGACUGGGCCGGCGGCCCGCACCUGGAACACGGCAAGGCGGGCGGCGGCGGCACCGGCCGAGCCGACGACGGUGGCGGUGGCGGCGGUUUCCACGCGCGCCUAGUGCACCAGGGGGCGGCCCACGCGGGCGCGGCAUGGGCGCAGGGCGGCACAGCGCACCACUUGGGCCCUGCCAUGUCGCCGUCGCCUGGGGCCGGCGGGGGCCACCAGCCCCAACCGCUCGGUCUGUACGCGCAGGCCGCCUACCCGGGGGGCGGCGGCGGCGGCCUGGCUGGGAUGCUGGCAGCGGGCGGCGGAGGCGCGGGGCCGGGCCUGCACCACGCACUGCACGAGGACGGCCACGAGGCGCAGCUGGAGCCGUCGCCUCCGCCGCACCUGGGCGCCCACGGACAUGCACACGGACAUGCACACGCCGGCGGCCUGCACGCGGCGGCGGCGCACCUGCACCCAGGCGCGGGCGGUGGUGGUUCGUCGGUGGGCGAGCACUCGGACGAGGACGCGCCCAGCUCGGACGACCUGGAGCAGUUCGCCAAGCAGUUCAAGCAGCGGCGUAUCAAGCUGGGCUUCACGCAGGCCGAUGUGGGGCUGGCGCUGGGCACGCUGUACGGUAACGUGUUCUCGCAGACCACCAUCUGCCGCUUCGAGGCCCUGCAGCUGAGCUUCAAGAACAUGUGCAAGCUCAAGCCGCUGCUCAACAAGUGGCUGGAGGAGACCGACUCGUCCAGCGGCAGCCCCACCAACCUGGACAAGAUCGCGGCGCAGGGCCGCAAGCGUAAGAAGCGCACGUCCAUCGAGGUGGGGGUCAAAGGCGCGCUAGAGAGCCACUUCCUCAAGUGCCCCAAGCCCUCGGCGCACGAGAUCACGGGCUUGGCCGACAGUCUGCAGCUGGAGAAGGAGGUAGUGCGCGUCUGGUUCUGCAACCGGCGGCAGAAGGAGAAGCGUAUGACCCCCGCAGCCGGCGCCGGCCACCCGCCCAUGGACGACGUUUACGCACCCGGUGAGCUGGGGCCGGGCGGGGGCGGUGCGUCGCCACCCUCAGCACCCCCGCCGCCCCCGCCGGCCGCGCUGCACCACCACCACCACCACACACUGCCCGGCUCCGUGCAGUGACCCCGCGGGCCGGGCUCCCCGCCGGUGCGCGGCGAGGCGCCGCGCGGCCUGAACUCUUUUUGUUCGGUUGCUUUGGAUUUUACAAAAAGCUCAGAAACUUUCGAACAAAACCAAACACCCGGACGACCCUCUCCGGCAAGCGGCGAAGACGGCCGAUAGGCUGCGUCACCCGAGCCCUGAAAGAGAGGAGCGAAGAUCCGGAACGCGCCAACUCCACCCCGGGCAUCCUGCCCGCUGCCUGCUCCCUGCCCCCAACCCCUCAACGACCCCCGCCCCUGCCCCCCGGGCUGUUCGGGGCCGGAUCCCGGCAGCGGCCUCCCCACAGCGACAGGUAACGCGGUACGGGGCUAGGGAUUCCCCGGGAGAGAGGACGAAGAGAGGAGGGUUUCCCAUCCUUCUCCCCGGCGCGGAUUCCCGAGCCUGCGGGUCGAGGAUGGGGGACUGUCACUUUAUUCGCUCCACGCCUCUUCUCUUCCAUAAGGAUGAGCCCCAUCCCCCUUACCCUUCCUCCGGGCUUGGUUUUUUACGGUUUUUAUUUAUUCAUGGAGCCUCUCGGCUCCUGGGUUCCUUCUAACUCCGCCCGCGCCCUUAAUUUAAAUCGCUGUAUACUGUAUUUAUCGGGGCCCCGGAGGGGAGGCCGCGAGAGCCGCGUCUGUGUAUAAAAGCAGGAAAUAGCCAAAGCUUUAAUCUAGCCUAAUUUAUUUUUUCCCUUACCUUCCCCUACCCUACCCC